AUGACAUGAAUGUUACCUUCCUAUCAACUCAAUCAUGGAUAAGAUCUCUUAACUACUCAAUUAUCGAUGAUUGGCGAGCUUGGACUGUUGACAAUCAAGUUGCCGGUUACACGAGAAGUUAUUCAAAUCAGAUGACAUUUGCCACAGUGAAGGGAGCAGGGCAUACUGCACCAGAGUAUAAGCCUCGUGAAUGUCUGGCCAUGCUCACAAGGUGGAUGUCUUACCAGCCUUUGUAAUCAACAAAUGUAUUACAAUUGUUUAAUCGUGUGAGCUCAUUGUCAGUCUCAAGUCCAGAUAAAUAAAAAGAGAGUUGUCAAGUCAAUAGGAAACAGUUUUCUCUACCUCAUAAAGGUAGGAAUAAGACUACGUACAUCUUGUCUUCUCAAGUCCCAGAAAUUAAACAGAAUUUGUCGUUUGGUCUACGUUUUUAUUUAUUAAUUAUUUUUUAUUAAUGCACGUCAAUGUCCAGUCACCUCAAAAUGUUUGACAGAGUGAAUUGUAUGAAUAUCAUGUUUGUUCUGUGUUACGUU